CCGUUGCGAUGAUGCCGCCUGAGGGAGGGAAGGAAAAUAAAGUUGACCAACAGCUUCCGUCACCCGGCCAGAGCCAAACCGGCUCCUGCGCCCUUCCUGGGAGACACAGCGCCGUAGCGGUGCUUACAAGAGCGGAGCUCAGCCCGUCCCCGGCCUCACUCACUCACUCAUUCACUGCGCAGGCGCCAGCUCCUAACAGGCUCCCGGCGGCGGGCGGCUCGCUGCUCCCCGCCCACCGAGCGGCGACGCACUUCCGGCGCCUCCACGAUGACGUCAACUGAGGAACGCGCCUUCUUCUGUAGCCCGCAGGCCGGGAAGAGUCCGGAAACCAGGAAGAGGCUGUUCUCUCCUGCUACUCUCCAUGAAAUGCCCAAGAGGAGCGUGGAAGCAAAUUAGCCCAGUGGUGUUUCCAGAUGGUGCAGUGCUGAAGAGUAACAACUUUGUGGGGGUAAAUAGGCUUUAGUUACUGCCCUUUCAUAUAGCCUUUCAAGCAUUCUUGUCCUUAAGAACCAACAGCAACAAAAACAGUAUUAGCCAUAUAGAGUACAAGCCAAAUGGGAAGAUUUUCCAGCAAAAUUUGGAACUGGACUUUUGUAUACUAUUGUCUUCAUCUUUCCUGACUCUUCCCUCCUUUUUUUUCCUUUUCUUUCCCUCCUUUAAAAAAAAUCUGCUGGCCGUAUCAUCCAGCUAUUUAUUUUAGAAUAGUUUAAUUUUGUCUGUCACCUGCUAAGUUAGGUGUUGGACACUUGCUGUCGCCUGAAUGGACAGGGACACUUUUGCCUACUCCACUAAGUUUUUUCGCGAUUAUAGUGCCCCACCUCGGGGUGCAAGCUGCCAAGCCCACGAACAUGUUGACUACAUCGAAAAGCCAGAAACAUUCACUUAUGCAGACUUUUUCAAGGAUUACUUGAUUCCCAACGACCCCUGUGUUUUCUCAGCUAAGUUCACCGAAGGCUGGGGCAGCAGGAGGAAAUGGGUGACUCCGGAUGGGAAGCCUAACUUUGACUACCUGCUGAGGACUUUUGGGGAGGCUGUAGUACCUGUUGCCAACUGUGAUGUCAAGGAAUACAAUUCUAACCCAAAGGAACAUCUCAAACUCAAGGAGUACAUAAGUUAUUGGAAAGAGCACAUUAAAAAGAGCUACCGCUCACCCCGGGGGUGCCUUUACCUCAAGGACUGGCACUUGCACAGGGCUUUCCCAGAGCAAGAUGUUUACUCCACCCCUAUCUAUUUUUCAUCCGACUGGCUGAACGAAUACUGGGAUGCCAUCGCAGUGGAUGACUAUCGUUUUGUCUACAUGGGACCCAAAGGCUCAUGGACUCCGUUUCAUGCAGAUGUCUUCCGCUCCUACAGCUGGUCAGCCAACAUCUGUGGGAAAAAGAAAUGGCUGGUCUUCCCCCCAGGGCAAGAGGAGUUCCUCAGAGAUCGCCACGGUCACUUGCCAUUUGACAUCACUGCGCCUGACCUGAAGAAGAGCAACCUUUACCCUCGUUAUGCCCAAAGCAGCCCCCCUGUGGAAAUCAUACAGGAAGCUGGGGAGAUCGUCUUCAUCCCGAGUGGGUGGCACCAUCAGGUUUACAAUCUGGAAGAUACCAUCUCCAUCAACCACAACUGGGUGAAUGGCUGCAAUGUGGCCAUCAUGUGGAGCUUCCUCCAGGAUGAGCUAGCUGCCGUCCAGCGGGAGAUUAGAGAAUGGAAAGACACCAUGGAGGAUUGGCACCUCCAGUGCCAGGUGUUGAUGAAAUCUUACACAGGCAUAGACUACAAGGAGUUCUACAACUUCCUCAAGAUCAUUGCAGAAAACCGGAUUUUUGUCCUUGAAAAGCAUCAUUCGGAGGAAGAUGCCUCCAAGCAUUCGUACAGGGCUGCCAUCUCUGGUUUGGGGAUGCUGCACGCUGUCUUUGAUCUGAAAAGGACAGUGAAGGUGUUGACCUCUUUGAACGCCAAUGAGGAAUUCAAGAAGCUGAGGCCAGAGUCCCUUUCUCCCCCUCCUCAGGCACUUCUGCACCGCCUGAAAGCAGCGAUCGAUACAGCCCUCCUCUAGUUCCCUCUCUUAUUUUGACCAGGUGCGAAAGUGCUUCAUUUGCAACCUGGGUGCAUGCAGACGAGUUAUGUCUAUCACCCCAUUUAGAAGUCUUAAACACUGUUAAUUUCAGUGGUGAAUGGGGAGUACAGCACCGGAGGAAGGUGGUUAAGGAAUUUAAGCAUGUAGGAAACUGGUAGGAGCUGCAAGCGAAAACAUUCCUUUGAGUUUCAGCUGGGAUGAUGGUGCAUUUGCUCAUGGAGAACUAACCAGAGGAAGAAUCUGAUAAUUUGCAUCAGUCAUUCUAAGCUAAGUCACUAACGGCUUUUUUUUUUGCCUACUGAAAGGCAUUUGAAAUGCAUUUGAUGCCAGAGUGGUGUCGAUUUUUUUUUGUGUUUAAAAAAUUAUUAUGGGUCACUUUUCAGAUUCAUGAUUUCGUAAGGUGGCUUAUAAUCUGAUGAAAAAUGAGAACACAAAGCAUUCAUUUUCUUUUCUUUUUUCAAAGUGGUGGGGUGGAGUAGGAGAGAAACAGCAGCCAAUAGAAAGAUUAAAACCUGAUCUUUUAAAAGCCUUAUCUAACUCAGAUGUUUUUAAAAGCUUCUUAAGAGCAGCUAAAGGGAAGGGGCCCACUGAAUGUCCCCCAGAAGAGUUCUGCAGCGUCAGAAAAGUCCCUCUUGCGUCCUCGGUACCACGCCUGAGACUGCCUCCAGCAACUCGGGCAGGGAGAUUGCUGAGCAGUGGGGGUGGACAAGGGCAUCUACAGAAUCCCAGUCCUGUCUUGUGGGAUGCAGUUAAUGAUGGGAAGAAAAGGGUGUGUGCCAGUUCAGAUGAUCUGCAACAUUCACCCGUCCAUACCCCCCGCCCAAGCUAGUCCCCACCCCCUUUCAUUGCAUGAAAGAGUAGGAAGUAGUUAGGGGUAGCCAGUGCAGGUUCGGUACUACAUAUUCACGGCCUCUAGGCAAUGGCGGCCCAGUGGGCCUGCUGAAGUGUGGGGCACCCGCUGCUGUGAUCAGCGGUGCCAGUUGUGAGUGACUGGGUGGCCGCUGCCUGGGACCACUCUAGUCGCCUUCACAUUUCAGUCGUUGCCAGAACGUGGUCUAGGAAUAAGUGUUGAGUAGUCUGUGUGGGUGGUUUUUUUUAAAAAAAUGUGAAAUGGUGGCACAUUUCAGUGUGUCAGAUUUUGUGUAGCACAAUUGCUUCAAGGGGGGGGGGGCAAAAUCACUGUUUGAGGCUUGUUUACAUGGCAGCCGAGCUGCAAGCCAGUGUUGACUGUACAAGGCAGCAGGGACUCUUCCUCAAGAGCAGUCCUGCUUUCGCUUUCUCCAGGUCCCUUCCUUUUUCCACUGCUUUUCCGGAGGGAUUUCUGGGCCUGUGCACAGUAUUAAUGGGGAAUAGAGUUGGCCCCUAAAGCCAUUGGUGGGGGCGGGGGGAGCUGGUUGGAGAGGAACAGCUUUGCAUGGAAUGGUGACUAUCAGACGGAAGCUCUUCUAGCCAUGGGCAAUAUUGAACAAUCCAAAAGAGUGCCCUCUCUGUGCCCCUCAAGGGCUUUGUUGGCCAGUGGGAAAUAUAUCCUCCUUUGAAAAAGUAACUGGAGUCUAUCUUUUCGUAUGGAGGUGAAAAGGGGGCCAACUCUAUCUUUCAAGGCAGGGGUAGGCAGUGGGUGGCUCUUUAGAUGUUGCAAAACCACAACUCCCAUCAUUCCCAGCCACAGCGUAUUGCAGCUGGGGAGGCUGGGAGUUGUAGGUCAGCAGCCUGCAGAGACCACAAGUGGCCAAACCCUGUUGCACGGCAUGCCGCAGCCCCCUCAAGAGCAGUGGAUUUCAUGUACCAGCAGCAACAUUCUCGUUCCUGAGCACAAUUAGUCAUAGCACCAUUUGCGAGUAAGGGCUGGAAACUGUACAAGCAGCAAUUCCCUUGUUCUUAGCAGCAGCAGAACUGCAGAGGCUUCCUUCUCGGCGGACUGGCUGGGCAGGAUGCGGUCCCGUUCCUUGCUGCCUCUUUGACUUCUGCUUGGACCCUGAGGAGGGGGUUGAGCUGAAGCUUAUUCAAUCCUAGACUGUUCUGCCAAGUUGCCCUAAGACCUUUCUGAAACUACACAUUAAAAAAAAACAGUAUUUAAGUGUC